AAAAUUUAGCCCAAAAAAAGGAAAAAAGGAAAGAAAAAAAAUGGCAUGAUGUGGGUAGUGGAGCUGCAGUGGAAGGAGGCAAAAGUGCAACAACACACAAAGCUGUUGCCUGUUUCAGUUAGAUGUUUGCUUCUUCUUCUUCUUCCUUCUUCAUUCUGGACUCAACUCAGCUCAUCGAUUCGAUUAGAUUCGAUGUCGCUAAAUGAAAUCACAUCGUAAAUUGGCAAGAUUCACGAGUCUCUCUCUCUCUCUCUCUGCAUCUUCCUUCCCCUAAACCUAAUUACUAAUUACCAUUAGAAUUAUUAGAUUAGGCUGAUCCCCUUCUCCUUCUUCUACCUUUUCAUUACAAUCAUCUGGUGUCUCCACUUAUGUCGCACCAGCAUAUUAUUAUUAUAUAUAUUGCAUGUUUUGCUUUGAUCAACAAAUUCAGCUGAGCUGAGAGCUGAGCUGAACUGAGUUGACUCACCGAUCCACCAACAGAGAUGCACCCUCGCCAGCGCAGCCCCCGAGGCUUCUAUGCCACCUCCGAUUACCGCCAUCUCAACCGGGAUUCCUCCUUCUCAAGACCCCAUCCCAACCCAAAACCCUUCUCUCACCCUCCUCCUCCAGCACCCCCUCCGCCUCCCUCCACCUCCUCCUCCUCCCGCAGAGUUGCCCUCCUCGCUGGCGGAGACAUCUUCGUCGAAGCUGGUCGUCUUGCUGCGGAGUAUUUGGUCUCUCAGGGGCUGCUGCCCCCCAAUGCGCUCUCCUUCAAGUGGCAACAAAAUAACAGUUUCAAGAAGCACGGUGGCGGUGCUGGGGGCGGCGAAUUUCCGGUCGAGGGAGGUGGCCGGACCUCUGCUCUUGCGCGGCUAGGGAAUACGGUGGCAACUGAUAUUCCAUCUGGGAGGAGGAAGAUGGGGUUUGAUGAUUUUGGGCAGAAAGGUAGCAGGAGGAGAGGAAGUUUCAGGGGAAAUGGUUUGGAUUGGGGCGGUAGAGAAUUUAGGAGGAAUGGGUCAUGGUCUGAUAGGUCUAGGUAUACCCCUGAACGUAAGGAUAAUGAUGAUGCUGAUGACAGUUUUAGUAGACACAAAGAUGAGGACCUGAAUCAGCAACAGCACCGCCCCCACCAAAUUGGUGUUGCUGCUGAUGUUGAUAAACCAAAAUCCGAUUCCAAUGACACCGUGCCAAGCACCGAGACUGGAGAUACUUUGCAUGCUGAAGGAGACAAUGAUAUGCUUUCUGGGGAAUCCAUGGACUUGAAACAAACUUCUUCUGCUGAUGGAAAAGAUAAAAGCGAUGUGGAUGUGGAGGUUGCAAUGGAGAAUGCAAGUGCCGGAGUUAUGGAUGUCAAGGAUGGCACUGCUGACGAUGAUGAUACCGAGAAAUCCGGCGGCUCAAAGAAUUUAUCUGUUCAGUCCAGUGAUCAGGAGAGUAAUGAACCUAUUACUGAUUUGCUCUCACUAUUCAAAUUUAUUAAGGUGCCUACCAAGCCUCGCUCUUUGCGUGGACACAAGAAUUUGAAGGGUAAUCCGCAACAGAAUGUUGGAGAUGAAGACACUCAUGAUGCAGGGGAUCUUCAAGGACCUCAAGUAUUGGCUGAAAAUGUGUCUGUCAAAGUCUCCUCCUCAGGUGAUUUACUAUCUGACGUGGCUAAUGCCUCGGAACAUCUUGAAUCAAACAUGUCCAAUGUAGAACCUGAUCAUGAUGAUGUUGAUGAGGAUUUGAAAGAAUUAGAUACUGCAUGUAAUGCUGAGGUAGAUCAAUCUAUUGGAACUGAUUCUGGACAAGAUUUAGGUUAUAUGCAUGAUAAUAACCGUGAACCUAGUGCAACUCUAUUGGACCAUGGAAGUUGCGGUUCAAUGUCCGAGGAAAGAGGUGAAAAACGUGUUGCUGAAGUUGAUGAUUUGAGAGAGGAAAGCAAAAGAGUGAAAGAGUGGUUGCCAUCACUUCCCCCAAGGACUGAGGGUUACUUUGAAACCAUCAACACAAUUGGAAUGAAAGAGAUCACUGAGGAAGAUGAUCUUUCACAUCUUGACAAAGUGGCUAUGACCUCUGAUCAGGGAAGCCUGAUGACUACUUCACAGUUCACAGAAGUUGGUGAUAGAUCGAUUCUUCAUUGUUCAGAGGAGAAACAAUCGUUGCCAAGUUCGUUUAGAACUUGUGAUCUUAAUCUCAUGGAAGCGUCUGAAGUCCAUGAAAAUCAAGCUAAUCAUCCAAUUCUUAUUUACCCCCCUGUUUCUGAAACUAAGAAAGCUGUACCAGUUGAUAUAGAUCUGACCGUGAGUCGCACUAGUAUACCUGGCAAAUUCAGUACUCAAUCAACAACUGGCAAAGAGAUUGAAGUAAUUGAUCUAGAAUGUGAUUCCACUCAAGAAGAAAAGCCAAUCGACAAUAUGGAGAGAAAGUCAGAGGCUAUGUUUUCAGGCCUUGAGGGUUUCUCUAACCAUGCUCCAAGUACUGCUGAUAUACAUGAUGUUCAGGAUGGUUACGGGCUAAUGCUAUCAGAAUUGCUUGGGGCGGAUUUUCCAAACUGUUCUUCAGUAUCGACCGACAUAAAUUCUGUUCACAAUGAAAUGGGCCUUCAUAACGGAACCGUGCCAAUGGGAACACUUGCCGAGGAUGAUUCCAUAUAUAUGUCACUGGGAGAGAUACCACUACCACUAGGAUUUUUGCGGCCGUGGGAGCAGCCACCACCACAAGAUUAUCAGAAACCGUUUUGAUCCGAUGUGCUCCACAAUAUUCAACAGGGUCGUCAAUGAAGUCAAUAGCUUUACGUAAAAGUGAAAUUAAGUUUUCAUUUUGUAAGCUGAAUUCUAUUCUGUGUAAUUUUCUGUAAACUCUUUCUGAUGUCUCUGCAUCUGGCCUGAAGAUUAUUUGACAGUUACUAGAAAAGUUAAAUAUUCUAUUCCAUUACGUACUUGGUCAUCAGUAGGGAAUUGACAUUCUAAGAGUAUUGUGAAUCCUAUUACAAAUGGUCACUUCGAAUAUCAUAUGUAACUUAUAUCGUGUUCUAA